GACGUCUUCUCGGAGCACAAAGUGAGAACGCAUCUCGGUGGGAUCCCGCUCCGUCCUCCUCGCGCGUUACAAAGCCCCCGGACCCACAAGGACGGACUCCAACCGCGUCUGACGCGUUCAGGGACGUUUUUUUAUUUCCAUUUUCUCGGUUGUUGUUGUUGUUUUGUUUUUGUUCAUUUUAAUUUUGACGGAAAUCUGCUUUUUUGUCCGCGGGAUACCGAUGGCCCCCCCCACCACCACCGUCCCCAGCAUCAGCACCACCAUCAGCACCACCACCGGAGGGCCGUCGGGCCAGCCAGGACGGCCGGGAUUCAACCCGCACACCUAGCAGCUCGCGCCACCGCUGAGGACGCCCGCACCCGACCGACCGAGCUGCCUUAACUGACCUCUGACCCUAGCAACAAGACCCUAGCAACAGAACGCCAUCCCGCCUCCUCGUCAUGACGCAGCAGCGGGUCGACUGAUUCAACCGGAGAGAUCUGAAAGAUGAGCGAGAGCAGGAGGAGGAGGAGGGAGCCGAGAGACGCCGAACGGGAAGAAAAUUAGGACAAAAAGGAUGUGAAUGUGGCACGUUUCUGACCCCUCCCCCCCACCCCUCCAUGCGCUGGUCAUUAAACCAAACGUCCCUGGAACAAUAUCAACAUUUCUAACCGGCGACAGAACACCAAAAAAAAAACUUCCAGCUUCAUAGGAACCAACGAUGUAGAGGAUGACAGCGGUGACGAUUGUUGAUUCCUGUUGCACUGAACUACAAAACACCGUCACACGAUUGUCUCUUGCUGACGAAAUCUGGAGCUGAAUCGGUUUCAACGGCAACUCACUAAGAUUGUGUUUCAGAGAAAGACAACCAAAUCCCAGCAACAACAAGAUUGUACAAAAGAACUGGAGAUGCUUGUCUGGAGAUAUGUAUAUUUAUACACGUUGGAAUAAAACUUGAAAAACAUACGAGGUGGGAGAACAAAAGGAUCUACACAUUUUGGGCAUUGGGGAAUCGAAGCAGAGUGAGACUCCGCGAUGACGCACCUGCACGCCGGCCUGAGCGCCGAGACCACGGAGAAGGCUCGCUUAGAGCUCAAUGAAAACCCCGAUACUCUGCACCAGGACAUCCAGCAGGUGCGAGACAUGAUCGUGACGCGGCCGGACAUCGGAUUCCUGCGGACGGACGACGACUUCAUCCUGCGGUUCCUGAGAGCCAGGAAGUUCAACCAGAUGGAGACCUUCAGGCUGCUGGCCCAGUACUUCCAGUUCAGGCAGCAGAACCUGGACAUGUUCCAGAGCUUCAAGGUGGACGACCCCGGGAUUAAGCGGGCGUUGAUGGACGGUUUCCCCGGCGUGCUGGACACCCCGGACCAACAUGGGCGAAAGAUCCUCAUCCUGUUCGCCUCCAACUGGGACCAGAGCAGGAACUCGUUCACGGACAUCCUGCGGGCCAUCCUGCUCUCUCUGGAGGUUCUGAUCGAGAACCCGGAGCUCCAGAUCAACGGCUUCAUCCUCAUCAUCGACUGGAGCAACUUCUCCUUCAAACAGGCCUCCAAGCUCACGCCCAACAUCCUCAAACUGGCCAUCGAGGGCCUUCAGGUAAACUCUGAUCCACCUGCACACCAGAGGACUACUAAUGAGGGGAGAAGGUCCACUACUGGACAGAUACUUCCUGCUUCUGACCCGGUGCACCAAUCACAUCAGUGUAUCUGA